CGUCUGGGCCGAGCGUCGCGGCGCUGCUGCCCCGAAGUCCUCCCGGAUCUUGAGGCGUAUGGAACCUCAAGAUCUUUGUGAUAAUGGAAACAAAAAAAUUGAUCGGUAAACCGCUUCAACCAGCAAGACCUGUUCGUCAUCUGACUUCUACCCCUGGAGCAGUAUUCCCUUUCAACUUUCAAAAAGAAUAUCCAUGCAACACUCAGUGCUUACAAAGUGGAGUUAGCAGAUAUAAGACAAAUGGAAUACAAGCCUUUUCUCAAGGUCUUAAUGAACAACAUCAGUCUCCAGUUAAAAAAGAGAGAAUCAAAUACAGCAGAGAUUUCCUGUUGAAGCUCUCAAGUGUUUCCAUCUGCAGAAAAAAACCAGACUUUCUGCCUGAUCAUCCCAUUGUACUUCAAAAACCAGAAAACAACCUAAGUUUUAAGUAGCAUUUUAAAAACAAAUGUAUUUGAAGAUAAAGAAUUAUUCAUUUUCUAUUUUGGACACCAGCAAAUGAAGUGGAUCUAGUAACAAUAACUGUCAUGGACUGCAACAAUUCAAUUUACUUUUAAUUUUGAUGGUUGAGUAUUUAGUUUCUCCUAAAAUGAGAAAGAUAUUUUAAACUAUAAAGAAUUUUCUAAUCAGUUUCAGCUUUGCAGUUUCCUGCAUAAAUUGGGAAGUAACACUGGAAAGGAGGAACUUGGUUAGUGAAAUGGGAAGACUAUGUAAUUUGCAAGCUACUUGCAAUUUUUUGUUUUUCAUCACUUGUAAUAAUGGAAUGGAAAUGUAAGGUAUAAAGAUUCUCAAAUAUAAAGUAUUUGCUACUAUGUAUAUAUGAUACGUAAUUUCUUGUUGCUUUUGAAGUUGCUUUUGUUCUGUUUCCCACUGAUUUCAUACCAGCACUUGAAAGGAUCUUUAUAAUCUCUCUAGUGGUUUAGAAUGAUUCAGGUGGUUCAGUGAAGGAGGAAGGAGGGAGAAUACUUUAAUUGCUACUUCUUCUCAAAGAUAUGACUGGUCUCUAGGUUUGUGAUAACAACAGUGUCUAAGAUUCUUUUAUUUCUAAAAGAGGAAAAAUUUAGGCAUUUGCAAAUAAUUGAGGUGCAUUGAGUUUCAAUUCUAUAAUUUCUGAUAAGAAGAACAUGUAUGGAUGAAGAAUUUGGGGGUUUAAACUUUUAGCUCCUAGAAAUUUUAUACAAAAAUCUGCAGCUCAUCACUCUGGAUGUUACUCUUGUUUAAAAAAAAAAAAGUUUCUUCCAGCACAGUGUCAAAAAAAAUUGCUGAUACAGAGAUAAGUGUAAAUUCUCCUAGUUCAAUUCUCCCAGAUUCUCUCAGAUUCCCGGGUCUAUUGGCAAGGCAUUCAGGGACAUCAUUUGGCAGAAAGCUUAUCUUAAACUGAAUUCUGAACUCCUAAAACCAGUAACUUUUUCUUCGCUGGUCUUGGGGCUUGUUACCCAGGUUCACACUUUAGUCCAUGGCAGGUUUGCCGUCUUGGUCUUUAGUAUACCCCUUUCAUUGCUUUGUUCCCCAGAAAAAAGGAUUGCUUUUUAAGUAGGGGGGAAAAAACCUUCAUUAAUUUAUUGGUUACUUUAAUCUGAAUUUAUACCUAGAACCCAGUUUUUCCCUUUUGUUUUUGCUCUACUCUUUCCCUUUUUAUUAUAGGUUCCAGUAUUUACAUGUGUAUGAAUGUACACGUACACUCUCACACACAUACACAAAAAACACAUGUGUAAUUUAUAUAGGAACUGGGGUCAUCUCAAUUAAUGAAGUAAUAAAAGAGCUUCGGUCAGAAUUACCAUAUAAUUACAUUGGUUUGCUUUAUUAUUUGCCUAUUCUCAAUGUCUUUUGACUAUAGUUAAAAAAAUGCGAUAGAACACAUUCCAGUUUCGAAUUGAAUAAAGAGCCCUUCCACUUAGCACUGUUACUAAGGGCAGAACCUUUUUAAAGUCAUGCUACCAUUCUAUUUUGGAAACUACCAAGUAUCCUAAAGACCUGAUACACUUUCUGAAUCUGAUACUGAAAUGGGCUGGCCUGAACAAUGUAUUGAUUGGCUAUAAUUUGUAUUUUUGAAACCAUUUAUAACCAGCGUUUUCAAGAAGAGUUUGUAUGUCAAAAUUCCCGGAGGUUUCAAAGUCUUCUGAUCCUUUCUUACUGUAUGUAAUCAG